AUGGUCAUUUUCAGAAGGAAACAGUCAGUAGGAGCAUUGGAUACAAUUGAGGAUUCUCUCGUGCUGUUCAAGUAUAGAGAUUUUAAAAAAGCAACAAAGAAUUUCUCUGAAAAACUUGGAGAAGGAGGUUUUGGUUCCGUUUUCAAGGGUAUAUUGGCUGAUUCAACUGCCAUUGCAGUGAAAGAACUUAAAUGUCUGCAGCAGGUAGAGAAACAGUUUCACGCUGAAGUGAGAACUAUUGGUGCAAUCCAACACAUCAAUCUUGUUCGCCUCUGGGGAUUUUGUGCAGAAGCUUCAAAAAGACUUUUAGUUUAUGAGUACAUGCCAAAUGGUUCUUUACACUCCCUCUUGCUUCCGAAGAACCCACUAAUCUUAGAUUGGAAAGCUAGAUAUCAUAUUGCAAUAGGGACUGCGAAAGGAUUGGCUUACCUCCAUGAGGAGUGCAGAGAGUGCAUCAUGCACUGUGACAUCAAGUCUGAUAACAUUUUGUUGGAUGCAGAAUACAACCCGAAACUUGGAGAUUUUGGUCUUGCAAAGCUGAGAGACGGAAACUGCAGCCGAGUUUUGACAACCAUGUGA